AUGGCCGCGGCGGAAAAACCGCGCAAAAACAAAAAGGGAGAAGGCAGAGGGGGAGGCGGACAUGAGGGAGGUCGAAGGCGGAAACUGAUGGACGUGGGAAGAGGGAGGGAGACCAGGGAAAGCGCGAUGGAGGAGAAGAGGGCAGAGAGAGGGAGAGGAGAUACGAGGACGAGGAGAACGGGAGAGCGAGGGGAGGAUGAGUGGAGAGAGGAGGAGGAGAGAGGAGAAGAAGAACGAAGGAGGAGAGAAGAGGAAAGAACGAGGGAAAAGAAUGAGAAAAGGACCGUAAAAGAGGAGCGUGCGGAAAAGAGGCCGAGCAAAGGCCCCCACACGAAAACAGGGGCGGGGCCCCAAGCAAAAAGAGGAGGGGCGAAGGAAAGGAAAGGAAAGGCCCAAAACGCAGAACAGAGCAGGAACAACAAGCGGAAGCACCCGGCAAGGAAGAAGGGAGCACCCCGGGCGGAAAAGGGAGAAAACGAAAGAAGGAAGCCCGCACAGGAAGAGCACGCAGCACGCAAGGGGGGAGGGGGAGAAAGGGCACGCAAGGGCAGGCCGAGAAAAGGGCGCGACCAGAGGCGGGCAGAGCGGCGCAAGCACCACGACAAGAGGCAGGCAGGACACAAAGCAGAAGGACGGGCACAGGGGGGAAGGGGGCGAGGGGGAAGGGAGGGAAGAGGGAGGAAAGGAGCGGAAACAAAAGCGGCAAACGAGAGGAGCAAAGAAAGACAAGGAAGCCAACACCCGCAAGGGCCAGCAAAAACACGAGGACCACAGGAGCAGGCAAAGAAGGCGGCCGCAGGAGGACCAGAAGGGCCCGGACGGCAGGGAGGGAGAAGGAACGGCAACGCAAAAGCAAGGGCGGAGGCGGGCGCAGGGGCGCAGAAAGGGCAGCAAGAGGGGCGGGGCAAACAGAGAGGCGCCAGGGGCCAGGGCAGGGGGCAAGGGCCAGAGGGGGGGGGAAGCAGGAACGGGCGGCGGGGCGGGGCAGAGAAGACCAACGACAAAGGGCAAGGAAGAGACAACCCACCGCACGCGCAAGCAGAGGAACAAAGGAAGGGAGCCGCCCCCACACGAGCGGCCACAACCGCACGGAGAGGACAAGAAGAAGCCAAAAGGGGCGCCACGAGGGAGGCAGCGGGGGGAAGGCAGGAGGGGAGAGAGAAAAGGCGGGGAAGGGGGGCAAAAGAAAGAAAAGAAGGGCCAGAAAGCGCAAAGGGGGAACAAAGGGAAAGAAAGCAGAGGACAAACCGGGGAGGGGGCGAGGGAGGCGCAAAGAGCAAAGAAGGGCCGGAAGCACACGGGAAGCAGGCAGGGGCGAAGGAGCGGGAAAAGAGAAGCAAGGCAAGGGCGAGAGAAACAAAAGGAGGGAAGAAAGCACACAAGAGAAAGAAAAGAAGACCGAAGGGGCAGGCAAGGGCGCAAAACACGCACAGGGGGAGGGCGGACGGAAGAGAGCCACGACAGAGCAAACAAGAAAGGCGAACAAACGAAGCACAACGGGCCAAACGAGGGAGGCAAGCAGGGAGGAAGGCAAGAAAGGAAAAGAGAAGAAGGGGGGCAAAAGAAGACGGAGGGGCAGAAAAGACGAGGAAAAGAGGGGGGAAAAGGGGGAAAAGGGGGACAGAAGCCAAACAAAGAAGAAAACGAAAGGCCCGCCCCCACACGGAGGAGCAACAGGGGCCCCAAGGGGGAAGAAAAAAGCACAGAAAAAGGGGGAGGGAAGGAGAAGAGGGAAGAAAAGAAAAAGAAGGGAACAAACACACCGGAGGGGGCCGCCCAAGCAGCGCCGGGGGGGAGCGGCGGGGGCGCGACGGAGGAGAGGGCGGGAAAGGGCCAGCGGCGGGGGAGGACCGGCGAGGAGGAGGAGGAGGCAAAGAAACAGGCCCGGCAGGCAGAGGAGGACGCAAAGAGGAGGGAGGAGGGGGCGGCGGAGGGCAGGAGAAGCAAGGGCAGCAAAGGGAACAAAGGGCAAAGAAGCAACAAAAAGGGCAAAAGGAGCAGCACGAGGAGAGGGCAGGGGAGCAGAAAGAGGAAAAGGCACAAGGGGACCAGGAGACGCCAGAGGAAGCAGACCACGAGGAAGAGCAAGGGGGGGGGCAGGGGGGAAGAAGGGCCGGCCGAACAAAAGAGGAGAGGAGGAGGGCCAGAGCAAGCACAGAAAAAGCAGCAGGAAAAACCAAGGGAGCAACGGCAACAAGCAAAGCCGCAAGCACACCCCGAGGAGAGGGAGGAGAGCCAGCAGCCAAGGGAAGGAGGAGACGAGAGGGAGGCAGGGGGCCAAGAGGGAAAGAAGCAGAAACAGAAGAGGGCAGGACAGGAAGAGAAGCGCCGAAAGCGAACAGAGCAGGGGCAAAGGGCACACCCACGGAGCAGGCACGGAAGAGGAAACAGACCGGGAGCGGGGCACGGGGCAGGAAGAGGGCGGGACGAGCCAGAGAGACAGGCGCGGGCACGGGCACGGCCGCAAGGCGGGCAGGAGGGCGGGCGGGGCAGAGGGCGGACCGCGGGGAGAAAAGGGGCAGAGCGAGGGACGGGGCCAGAGAAGCGAAAAAGGGGGAGGAGCCAGCACAGGCACGAAAGGGCGCAGACAGAGCAGGAGGGGAGGGGCCGCGGAGGGGGGCGAAAAGAGCGGGAGGAAAGGGGGGGACGGGGGCAGAAGCAGAAAAAGAAGAAAGCGGACCGGGGACGGCGCGGGAGGGGGGCAAGGAGGCCGGCACGGAGGGCCGGGGCGAAAGCAACAG